UUUACAGGAUGCUACUCACUACUUUUUACACCAAAAGUGCACUAAGCUGAUAAAAUGUCACAUCGUCAGUUGAACUGUUGUGCUUUUUGCAGAGGAAAUCUAAAAUCUCAGCUUCACGGAAGCUCAUGCUGAAGAGCUUGAUGGUUGCAAAGGCCAAAGAGGAGCUGGAGCAGGAGUUGGAAGAGAAAGAGGAGCAGAAAGCAAAGUACCUGGAAGAAAAAGCUCCUCCAAUACAGACCGGUGGCAUGUCAAUAGCAGACUUACAGACGUUAUGUGAAGAGCUGCAUGCCAAAAUAGACGCAGUGGAUGAAGAGCGGUACGACAUCGAAGCCAAGGUCUUACACAACACCAGAGAGAUCAAAGACCUGAACAUCAAGGUGCUGGACUUGCGAGGGAAGUUCAAGAGGCCCAACCUGAGGAGGGUGAGGGUCUCUGCCGACGCCAUCCUGCGCUCCCUGCUGGGCUCCAAACACAAGGUCUCUCUGGAUCUGAGGGCCAACCUCAAAUCGGUCAAGAAGGAGGACACGGAGAAGGAGAAGACGGUGGAGGUGAGCGACUGGAGGAAGAACGUGGAGGCCAUGUCUGGUAUGGAGGGACGCAAGAAGAUGUUCGAUGCAGCCAAAGGCGCCAACCAGUGAACAGCUGCUGACUGAACACAGCACAGAACUCCCAAACACCCUCGUAUCUCAGCAGGUCACUCAGAGAAGCUCUUUCCUCUACAGUUCUCUUUUAUCUGAAAUAAACAAAGCAGUCCUUCUCCUCUCA